AUGACGGUUCCGACUUUUCCCUUGCCCGGCCUCGCCGCGUUGAUCGUCUUCGUGCUUCAGUGCACUCAACUGGCCGAGGCCAUGCCUUCGGGCGGAUUGAUGCCUCGGCGCGGAACUGCAUUCUCUGCUUUGAGUGAGUCCAUCGUCUAUCCGGGGUUUUUUAUCUACAUGGUAAACUUCGCACUAACAACAUGUGAUGAUGCACAGUGACUGAUCGCAUGAAGCAAUGCGAACCUGCGACGAUCGAGUUUGCAAACUCGGGCAACGUUCGCCCUCUGACCGUCGCGAUCAUGCUCUAUGACAAGGCCCCUGCGAAGCUUCGUACCGACAAGUCGCUGCCCCCGGCUAAGGCGACCCUCAAGACCAUCCAAGGCUUGGGACCGUUGCAAACUUUCACUGUCAAGAAGCGCGACUAUGACCCCUUAACUUUUACUGCUGUAGCCAAGCGCGGCGACAACAUCGAGGUGAGCAGAGCUUUCAGACCCUUGAUACCAUCAAGGAUCAAGGCACUAAUUAUUUCAAGAUAACCCUACUAGGUCUUUGCCUUUUUCCCCAACGGUACCGGUCAGAACAUGUGGCUCGACCGCACGAUCCAGACCGGAUCAUCCUCGGCUUGUUUGCCGGUAACGUGCAGUAGCAGCCAGUACUUGAACCCGACAAGUGAGCCGUUUUUAUCUGAAAGGCGACUUUUCAUUCGAAGAGUGAUUGACACCACUUCGCUACUCCGUAGACAACAAGUGCGCAUCUUGUUCAUCCCUGUUCACCAAUUCCACUUCGUGCACAGCUGUGGCGCCUACGAGUUGGUAAGCUACAUGGUCUGAAAAUUUUUUCUGGAAGGUAAGACGCUUCGCUCACAAAUUGUACAUAUAUUUCAGCUCGUACGGAAUCGUCAGCGGUAACAAGUGUGUUGCCAAAAAAUGCUCAGCGCGCGAGUACUUGGGCCCCAAGGCAGCUUCGUGCAUCUCUUGCCCGGACCCUUCCGCUCGUAGCUGCGACGCCAAUGGCAAAAGCACCUCGUGCUCGGUUGGCAGUGUCGUCAACGGUGAAUGCGAGAGCGUCAUCUGUCUCAAUGCGACCUACCUCGCUUCCAACGGUAUGUCGCACGCUUUGCUUGCCCAUCUCUCUACCCGGUCAUCGACUGACCAAGUAGCCCAUGUCCCUAUUCGUCUUCGUACAGGGCGUCGCUGUUUGCCUUGCCCGGCCAACGCGACAAUCUGCGACAACGAUGGCCAAGCUACUCAAUGCUCGUACGGUGUGCCUUCGCAGGGCAAGUGUCUCCCUAUCAUCUGCAGCAAUGGCUACCAGAGCGCCAAAGGUGAGCUUCUGAUUCGGCAGCGGUUACUCUUAUGUUGAGGAGUGGAAUGACAUUGCUUACCCCAUCAUUCUCUACUUUUCUAGCGAAUACCUGCUGCGCCGACCCCUUUGCAACCAACUGCACCGAUCCCAACACCCCGACGUCGUGUGCUUGGGGUUACCUCCUGAACACCGAUCAGAACGGAACACACUGCGAGGGUCCUUACGCGUCUCGAUUCGGUAGUGAGUCCGCAUCGUUCUCGGUCCAAAGCCCGUCCUUAGAUAAGUUCAGUUGACCGAUAGGAAUUGUUCACCUUUUAUCUCUCUUCAGAUGCCACGUACAAGUACCUCUCCACUGCGAGCGUUAGCAAGACCAUCGAAGCAAGCAACGUUCUUGACUGCGCGAGGUCCGCCCAUGACCAAUCGAUCGUGUUCCCCUGGGUGUACAUGUGGUCGCAGAACGCCGUCGCAGGUGUUCACUGCAAGCUCGUACCGGGAGGAGACCCCCAACUUACGACAACGACCCAAGGCAAAGGAUUUGACGUUGGAAUUUCGGGCACUUGCGCGCAGAACGCCGAUUGGUCUUGGUCGCCGGCUCCGUCCUCGUGUGCCAAGAUCUGGAUUGGGCAGGCCAAUACAGCCAACCGGGUGUAA